CCAAAAUAUGGAAUAUAAAAUCUCCGACUAUUUAUUUAUAUAUUUGCUGAGUACUGAAUUGACCGGUUGUUUCAAGUUAUUGUACUGUAUCCGCUUCAACUCUUAAGUGUGUCUUACAUUUUCGUGUCACGUUAUAUAAUAGUGGGCGUUGCGAGCUCUUCGUUCUCAAAUUGCUUCGUACCUGUAUUUGGUUAACAUGAUUUUAAUAGAAUGUUCUGUUGAAACCUUUCAUAUGGAGUCUCCAGGGCCUCUGUUGUUUGUUCAAUGACUUCACAAACGAAAUGUUUUAGAUGGUUAUACUGAGGAGCAAUAAAAGAACUGGCGAAGAAGCAGAUAGAAAUACUCUUCCAAAGAAGCAGGAAGUACAUCUUAUCACUGGUGGUGGCGGCUAUGCUGGUUUCUGGCUUGGUAGGAACUUGGCAGCUAGAGGUCACAGUGUGAUACUCGUAGAUGUACGGGAACCAAUCUGGACAUUGAAAGAAAAUAUGAAAUUUUUAGCUUGUGACCUCACCAACAGGGAAAUGGUUACAUCAUUGUUUACUGAUGUUGACUGCGUUUACCACAUGGCAUCUUAUGGAAUGUCAGGAAGGGAACAGCUAAAUAGAAGAAGAAUAGAGGCUGUAAAUGUUGGUGGAACAGAGAAUGUUAUACAAGCAUGUAAGACGAAUGAUGUGACACGACUGGUGUAUACGAGCACAUAUAAUGUUAUAUUUGGUGGUCAGACAAUCAAUGAUGGUGAUGAAAGUCUUCCUUAUCUACCUCUUAACAAGCAACCAGAUCACUAUUCUAGAACGAAGAGCAUUGCUGAGCAGAAAGUGUUGAAAGCAGAUGGCAGAAAAACAGAUAGUGGGAACACCCUUCACACGUGUGCCUUAAGACUGGCUGCUGUGUAUGGACCUGGUGAACAAAGACAUAUACCAAGAAUAGUGGAUUAUAUAGAGAAAGGCCUUUUUAGCAUUAUAUAUGAGACAGACACAUUACAGGACUUUCUACAUGUGGAGAACCUAGCUCAAGCACAUGAACUAGCAGGGAAGGCUUUGACAAAAGAUAAAAGUUAUGUUGCUGCUGGCCAGGCAUACUUUGUCUCAGAUGAUGCACCAAUCAACACAUUCUCAUUUUUUGGACCUCUUAUAACUGGUUUAGGCUAUCCAAUGCCUAGUAUUAGACUGCCCAUAUCUGUGAUAUACUUUGUAGCAUUUCUGACAGAAUGGCUACAUUACCUGAUCUCCUAUGUGUAUAACUUCCAGCCUUUACUUACUAGAACAGAGGUAUACAAGACAGGGGUCACACAUACAUUUAGUAUUAAAAAAGCCGGAGAGCAGUUGGGCUAUAGACCUACUAUACAGAACGAUAUAUCCAAGGUUAUACAACAUUAUAUAAACACUGGACAUAAGAAACAUACAGAGAAAGAAGCGUCCUCUAUAGUACAUUGGAUAGUGAAUAUAAUUAUAGGAGCGUUGAUAGCAAUGUUAAUUAUGUCUUUUUUGCCUAUAGUGAAGUAGAACCUUAGCAAUACUAUAUCUAUUUAGGGGUUGUUUUAAUGGCAGAUUUAAUGAAUGCCAUAUCUAUAUCUAGUUUAGUUAAGUAGCAUAGCCUGUUGAACAUUUCGAGUACUGUUAUUAAAAUUAUUUACAACAUAGGUCACAUUAUUAUUACAGGGUAUUUUAUACAGUGACAGCUGUAUUUGUGGGUGUAAAAAAGAGAUCCUUGUAUUCAACUGGUCUCUCUAUUCACAUGUAUAAAUGUGUUCUUCUGGCAUAUUUUCUGUGGAAGUGUAUUCUGCAGUUCAGUCACAUAUGGGCUACAUUUAAUUUUACUGUUGUAUUAUUGAAAUAAUAUAGAUAUAAGUAUUUGUA